CAUGCGGUCCCGGGCGUCCUGGUGCAUCCUCGGGGUGCAGCUGCUGCUGGGACUUGGGGGAUGCUGCGAUUUCUCAGAGUCCGUCUGCGGGGCGCAGGCCCCCGGGGACAUGCUGAUAGGGGUGCUGAACCCGAACCACGCCAAAGUGGAAGACCUGCACAGCCGUUUUCACCCCGAGGCCUUCAACUGCACCAAUUUUGAUCUGACAGCGUUCGUGAGAACCUUGGCCAUUAUCCAUUCGAUCGAAAGCGUCAAUGACUUGGGCUUCCUCCCGGGAGUGCGGCUUGGGUAUGUGGCUUGUGACACCUGUGCUGACGCCACCAAAGCCCUCCAGAGCGCUCAGCAUCUUCUGUCCUCUAAUGGCUCGCUGCCUGUCCAGUGUGACUACACCGACUACAAUCCGCUGGUCAAAGCCAUCAUUGGAGGGCGAUAUUCAGAAGUGUCCAUCCCUGUGGCAAAGCUGCUGGGUCUCUACAUGGUACCCCAGGUUAGCAGCACCUCCUCGGCUCCGAUUCUGAGUGAUAAGCUGCGCUUCGCGUCCUUCCUGCGCACCAUCCCGAGUGACGUGCACCAGACCCGGGCUCUGGCCAGGCUGAUGGCGCGUUUCAGCUGGGACUGGAUCGGCGUGGUGUCCGGCGACGACGACUACGGCAAGGCGGCCCUGCAGAGCUUCCUGCAGGACGCACGGGAGGCGGGGGUGUGCACGGCCUUCCAGGAGGUCAUGCCUCACUACCUGGACCACGGGCACAGUGAGCGCCGCGUCCGCGAGGUGGCGGAUCAGAUCCGCUCCUCCAAGGCCCAGGUGGUGCUGCUCAUCCUGAAGGGGGAGCUGGUGGAGAAGCUCUUCCAGGAGAUGCUUCGCACCAACACCUCCCGCACGUGGAUCGCCAGUGACGCCUGGUCGGUCUUCCGCCCGCUGGCGAGCAUGGAAGGAAUCAACCAGGUGGGGGACAUUUUCGGCUUCAGCUUCAUCACCGGACAGAUCCCAGGGUUUGAGCAGUACCUGCAGAAGCUGCAGCCGGGCCCAGGUGCAGUGAACCACUUCAUCCGAGAGUACAAGGAGCUGAGAUUCAACUGUACCCCUGAACUCCUCCAGCACAGAGACUGCCUGGCUAAUAACCCUCCUGAGCUCUGCCCUGUGUCUGACUCUCUUAGGUUUAAAUCCCCACUAGCCUGUAGCAUCUCCAACUCCCAGCAGGCUGAUGAUGACUUCCUAGUUCACAGUGCUGACCUGACACAGGCCUACAGCGACAGGCUGUCCGUGUUUGCCAUAGCUCAUGCCUUAAAGAAACUCCUGCAGUGCAACGAGACUGUCUGUCCAGGAGACAGGAGCUUCCCGCCAUGGAAGCUCCUGCAAGAGCUUAAAAAGGUCCGUUUCAAUCUCGACAAUCAUGAGUUUUACUUUGAUGAGUCCGGCGACUUUGUGACUGGCUAUGACCUGAUAAUGUGGGGGAAGUCUGGAGGUGGGAGAGAAUUCAAAGUGGUGGGAAGCUACAGCGUGAAGGACAGUGACAUCAAGCUCAAUGAGGAUUGGUCAACCCUCGACCACAAGAUCCAGCAGUCCAGAUGCUCUGAGUCCUGUGCACCUGGCACAGUGAAGAAAGUGUCCAACAUCUCCUGCUGCUACAACUGUACUCUGUGUGAGGAGGGGACCUACUCUGGUGACUGGAACAUGCAUGACUGUCUGAAAUGUCCCAAUGGCACCUGGUCCCUGAAAGGGUGGAGCCACUGUGAGCCACGCCGGGAAACCUUCUCCCACUGGAGCCAUCCUUACUCCAUUGCGCUGGUGACUGCAGCGGGCCUGGGGAUACUGCUGCUGCUGCUGCUCCUCAUUAUCUUCCUAGUGUACCGACAAACUCCUGCUGUGAAGAUAGCUGGGGGGAGCUUGUGUUUUAUAAUGAUAGCUGGGUUGUCUGUGAGCUUUGCGAGUGUAAUGCUGUUUGUGGGAAGGCCUAAUAACCACCUCUGCCAGGCCCGCCAGGCAAUGUAUGCCUUGGGCUUCACUCUCUGUGUGUCCUGCAUCCUGGUCAAGGCAUUCCGCACCUUCCUGGCCUUCAUGUUUGACUUUAACAGACGGCACAGUCUGAAGAGGCUCCACAAGCCCCCUGUCAUCAUCAUUCUGGUCACUGCUGUCCAAGGACUCAUCUGCACCAUGUGGCUGAUCUUUGACAGCCCCAGGGUGGGGCAGUCUGUUUCAGAGCAGAGCAUGGUCACUGUGCUGCAGUGCAUGGAGGGCACUAACGUGGGCUUCGGCAUCAUGCUCAGCUACAUCGCUGUGCUGGCCUUUGUCUGUUUCCUGCUGGCCUUCAAAGGCAGGAAGGUGCCGCACCUUUUCAACGACACGGGCUACAUCAUAUUCAGCAUGCUCAUAUACCUGUUUGUGUGGGUGUGCUUCAUCCCCAUCUACAUCAAGCAGAACGAGCAGCGCUCCAUCGUUCAGGCCUCGGCCAUCCUGGCCUCCAACUACGGCAUCAUCUUCUGCCACUUCCUGCCCAAGUGCUACAUCGCAGUCUGCAGGAGGAAGAAAAAUCGCAUAGAGGACACUCACAACAGACUGCGAAUCUUUUCAAUUAUGUCAGUAGAUUCUGUGGUCGAAAGGUACACUGUUGAGCCUCCCGCCGUGUUUGAUGAGGAGACGAGCAGCUCUGUGUUCACAGAGGCCACUGCUCACAUCAGCAUGUCCCCCAAACCAAGGGCCAGGGAAAACCCCCAAUCAGAAGACACCCCUCCUACACUCAGUACACACCGCUGAGAGAAACUGGCUGCUCUCUCACCUAGUCCAGCUUACCAGCCACGUAUUAUACUUGCCUUAAUCACCCAAUCUUACAUAUUCCUAA